AUGCUAGAGGACUCUUCUGCCACAGGACCCCCCGUCGGCCAGCAGAUGCCGCCGCGGAUCACGCUGCCGUCUCUGGCCGCGCUGGGCGAUGACUUUUCCCUGCCGCCCCUCACGGCAAGGGCCGCGGGGACCGGGUCUGUCGAGACCAAGAUCACGCUUCCCUCGCUCUCGACGCUUACCGAGUCGAUUCCAGACGUUUUGAGGCCGGUAUCCGCCAUUUCUGCAGCAAACAUAAACCACCUGGCCGAGGAGCGCCUUCACAAACCUUCGUUUGGCAUCAAGCACGAGGACGACCCUGCGCCGCUACGCUCGCCCGGGCCUGCCGUGCGCCUCGAGGCCGCCGGAGUGCCCAAGACGAGCCUGUCUCGCAGCACAGAGCCGGGCUAUAUUUUGCAGAACGUCCCAAACCGCGGCGAGCAGUCCCAGCUGGCCGAGGCCGUCCCCGUGCACGAGCCGUCAGCCCAGGAGUUUGCCGCCGCGAUCGCCUAUAUCGAGUCGCUGAGCGCAGAGGGCAAGCAGUACGGCGCCGUCAAGGUCGUUGCGCCGGAGAAAAGGCCAGCUAUCGAAAUACAUGGCAAACUAAGCGUCCGGCGCCAGACAAAAAGAGAGCAGCGAAUAGCGAACGCGGGCACGCGGCCGGUGCGUUCGCGCGACCAGCUGCUGCGGCUGGGCUUUGAGCCGCGUUUCGACGCCUCCACCGUGCAAAAAGCCGGUCUCACGGUGCCAGACUCGCACACUCUUCCGUCGUACGAUUUCUACCACUGGUCGGAAAGCAGCGUCGACGAGGACGACGCAGAGACCGAGUUUUCUGCCGAUUUGCGCGAGUUCGACGCGCUCGCGAACGGCCCAGAGCUGGGCACCGAGCACGGGUUCUGGGAGGCCGAUUUCGACGCCUUCUACGCCAUGCACACGCCUGCUCCGUGCGAGCAGCCAGAGCCCUGGAACCUGCGGUAUCUGGGCGUGUGCGAGGGCUCGCUGCUGCAGUAUCUGAGCGAGGAGACGUCGCUGCUUGCGCCACGGGUGCGUGUGGCGUCGCGGUACAGCUGCGAGAAUUGGAGUCUCGAGGACCAUUUUUUGCAACGCGCAGACUACCACCGCUCGGGCGCGCCGAAGGUGUGGUAUUUUAUUCCGCCGAGCGAGCGCGCGACUUUCGAGGAGAUACGGGCAACGCGGCCUGUGGCGCGUGCUGCGCUCAAGCACGAGCCGCUGCGUCGCUUUGUCGAGGCGGGCGAGUGCUUUGACGAGUCCAUGCUUGUGACGCCCGCGCAGCUGCGCGCGCACGGCGUGCGGUUUUUUGCAACCGUUCAGUUCCCCGGCGAGAUCGUCCUCAAGUACCCGGGGGCGUACUCGCUGUGCUUCUCGCUCGGCACGAGCGUGAGCGAGAGCGUGCGGUUUGCGAGCCGCGUGUGGCUGGAGAGCGCGCUGCCCGCGGCCGACUGGCUGCAGCGGCAGCAGCUGCCGCCGGCGUUCUCCACGUUCCGGCUGCUGACGAAUGUGGCGGUGAACUGCGACGACCGCGCCGUGCUGGCCGCGCUGGAGCCGGUGCUGGAGACGCUUGUGGCGCGCGAGACACAGCUGCGCGAAGCCGUGCGCACCAGCCACAUCAAGGAGACGUCCACGGCGGGCACACCCAGCUCAACGGUCACCGAGGCCGACCUGGCAGACGCGUUCCCCUCGUACGUCGUCGUGAGCGACCGACGCCGCCCGGAAACGCUCACCAUGUCUGUGGCGCGGUUUCUGGCCACGCCGCGCGACACCCACGAGCUCCGCGCUGAGCUGUGCGUGCAGCUGUCCGACGACGCUCUGCGUGUGGCGCAGCGGGCGCUGCGCACGAAGCUGGUCACCGGCGCGCAGUGGCUCGCGCAGUACGACGCGCUGAUCGCCGGCUACGACAAGCCGUCCACGAAGCUGCUGCGCCCGCUGCUCGCCGAGGGCGACGCCAUCUUCCAGCGGCCCGAAACGCUUGCGCCGCAGGACUUGCCCGCCUACGAAACGUACCGGCAGCUCAAACAGUACUGUCGCGAGACCGAGGACUGGGCGGCGCGCGCGGCCAAGUUCCUGCAGUUCAAGGUGUCCACGCGGAUGCGGCAGCGCCGGGGCGAGGGCCACGCCGACCCGGACGCCUGGAACGAGCUCGCCGACCUGGACGCUCUGCUGCGCCAGAUCCCGCAGUUGCCCGUCUCGACGCCCGAGAUGGACCAGCUGCUCGAGUACUGCGGCGAGCUGGCCAAGUACAACGACAUGGUGCAGCAGCUGCUGCACCGCCCGGACGACAAGGAGCUCGAGAGCCUGCAUCUGCUGGGCAGCUCGCUCGGCGUCAAGCUGAACUCGUAUCUGCUGCUGGACCGUGUUCUGCGGCGCAGCAAGUGGCUGCGCAAGGUGCGCGCGCUGGACUACUCUGCCGCCGACACGCGGGAGCUGGCGCAGCUGCUGGACGAGGGCGAGGAUGUGGCCGCGACAGCCGACAGGGAGGUUUUCGAGAAGCUGCAGCAGACGCAAGAGCACGCGGCGGCCGCGAACCGCGAGCUGCUGGCGAGCAUGGACGAUGUGGCGCGGCUGCGCGAGCUCUACGACCAGUACGAAAGCCUGCCGCUCGACCACGCCGUGCGCGAGCAGGUCGCCCGCGUGCUGGACGAGUACGCGGCCGUGUACGCGCAGCUGGAGCAGAUCGCGCAGACGGUGCAGCUGCGGUUCGGCGACCUCGAGCAGACAGACGAGCUGCUGCGCAUGAUCGACUCGAACCUGCGCUACUUCGACGCCAGCUUCCAGCUCUCGCGGCCGCUGCUCCAGGAGAUCACGCACAAGGUCGCGCGGUACCCUGCGCUCGCGGCCGAGCACCAGACGCUGCAGUUCUACGAGCACCAGGUGGACGUGUGGUACGAGCAGCUGGUGCUAUAUUUCGGGCUUGCCAAGGUGAAAAAACUGCGCAGCUACUUCGAGGACUGGCAGCGGUUCGACGAGCAGGUGUUUGCCGAGCCGCCCGACAGCGGCAGCUACUGCGUGUGCCGCAUGCGCCACGAAAACGGCAUCAUGAUUGAGUGCGAGGCGUGCGAGCAGUGGUUCCAUUUCGGGUGUCUCGGGCUGCGCGACCAGGACGAGACAGAGAUCAGCGGGUUCCUGUGCCCGAUCUGCGACGUGGACAUGCGGUUCAAGUCUACGCGCCACCACCUGGAGCAGAUGGACCGAAAGCCGACGCUGGCACAGCUGGUGGAGUUUGUCUACUGGUCCAACUCGCAGCUGACGGUGCUGCCACCCGAGUACCGCAACAUCCUGUGGAUUCUGCGCAACUGCUACACGUUCAAGCUGAGCAUCUCGGACAUCCUGGAGAACGACCUCGCGGGCAUCCGCCACGCGCUGCGCCGCAUGGAGGGCUGCCGCGUCAACUUCGAGGAGGACCGCCGCGUGCUGCGCGCCAAGGUGGCCGAGCUGAUGCGCGUCGAUCGGCGCGUCGAUCACCCUCCCCCCGAGUCUGGGUGA